AUGUUUCACCCACGCGAGACCAACCCGCAUUUCCAGCCCCGGACCCAACGAUACGCCCAACUCCAUGACCCCGAUGGCUCGAACCCUCACGCAGCCCAGCUACCCCAACGGUUCAGACCGUCUCCACCAUCCUCAGUUCCCACAGUGACUCCCAUCUUACCGGUUCACACGCAAGAACCAACCGCCCAUUUGCCGAUAUCCUCCCCUGCAUCAUCUAUACCUCCACGGGUUUCACCACCGCCACCUGCCGCCCAAGGCCGCCAAGGAAUCGGCCUCUCUCGCUACCCGUCACCACCGCUACGCGUCCCACCACCACGAAAAACCAAACGCCUAACUUGGCUCGUCGCAAUUUGUUGCGUUCUCUUCUGGAUUGUUGUAAUUCUCGGUGGGUUGAUUCUACUCAUCGUCUACCUCGCUUACCGCCCACGAUACCCGAAAUUCGAUAUCGCGAGUGCGAGCUUGAACACGGUUUAUCUUGAUCUCGGGUACCUUCUUAAUGGCGAUUUAACUUUGCUAGCGAAUUUCACGAAUCCGAACAAGAAAGUGAACGUGGAAUUCCGUUAUAUGGUGAUUAAUCUUUACUUCGAAGGUACAUUAAUUGCGGCAAGAUACGUAGAACCAUUAUCGGUUUCAAGAAGAGGGUACGAGCUUCGUGAUGUUCAUAUGGUGAGUAGUCAAAUUCCGUUUUCGAGACGACACGUUGCGCGUUUAAACGAGCAAAUGCGAACCGGGAGAAUCAUGUUUGAAACCAAGAGUUUCCUCCGAACAACAUCGACUCUUGGCGGGUUUUUCCGAUACUCAUAUUGGUUACACGGGCAUUGUAAAUUCGUAGUGAGCGGUCCGCCGAGCGGAGUUUUGGUCGCGAAAAGCUGUGUCACGAAACGGUGA